AUUAGUCAGACUCAUUCUUGCUUCCUGUUCAUCUGGGAGAGUUCAUUGCUGAUGUGUGGCUUUUGAAGUUCAUUUCCAUCUUUAACCCGGCUAAGGUGAAGAGAUAACAUCCAGCAUCGACUUUUGAAAUCAAGUUCUUUCCUCGUCUUAUUGAUAGAAUAAAUAAUAUUGACCAGCUGAAAAAUUAAACUUCCCCAUUGGGAACACCAGGUGAGUUCUCAACUAAAUAUAUACAAGAAUGAUUUCCUACAGUCUUUACUUUGUGUUACUGGUGUCUUUUCAUUAUGGUGCUGCAAAAUAUGAACAACAAACCGAAAUCCUGAAAUCCAUUCCCGAAUGCAUCAGGAAUUAUGAAUUCCCAAAUCAAGCGAUUCAAAGACGACAUGCCGAUACAAAGGCAGAAUGUGCCUAUGUCUGCAUGAACCAUGAUCUCUGCAUGUCUGUUAACUUUUGCCUUCAUGGAAACCGCAAAGGUGGUCGUUGCACAUUGAACCAAUGGAGAGCAAAUGGGGAAUGUUCACUCUUGAGACAAAAACCCAACUGUACCUACUUUGAAAUGAAAGGGCCCAACCCAUGCAAAAAUGGGGGAGACUGGGUUCGAACCCGAUGUAUUUGUCGUGAUGGUUUUACCGGAGAGUUCUGUGACAGACGCUUUAAAGAUUGUCGAGAAGUCUACCUAAAUGGUGCUCAUGAAGAUGGAAUGUAUGAAAUUCAACCAAUAGCUAUGGAUAAAACAGUGAAAGUCUAUUGCCAAAUGUCACUUGGUGGAUACAUGCUCUUCCAAAGGAGAACUGACAAGACUUGUGAAAGGGAAGAUUUCUUCCGUGGAUGGCAAGAUUACCAACUUGGUUUUGGUGAUAAAGACUGUGAUUAUUGGUUAGGUAAUGACAUGCUCCACGCCAUCACAAGCCAAGACAAAUACGACCUUGUGAUCAAAGCUGGAGACUUUGAAAUUAUAUACACUCAUUUCACUGUUUCUUCUGAAGAAGAUCUCUUUCGAAUGAACUUUGAAGAUUUCAAACCUAAAGACAGCAGUUUGAGUAAUGGGUUCCAACCUGAAGACGAGAAGCAAGACCUCAGGGGACAACCGUUUGCAACUCCUGACAAAGAUGAAUAUGGCUGUGCCCUUGAUUCCCGUUCAGCUUGGUGGUUCGGGCCUGGAUGUGCUUCUGUCAAUUUGAAUCUACCCAUGGGAACUUUCAAGGAGUUCUACCCACUUUCUAAACCAGUUGGAUGGUCAUCUAAUGGCUUGUUUAUAGAAGUGACGCAUACAACAAUGUCCCUCAAAGCUUCGGAUUCAGAGUGAUGUUGCAAUAAUCAAUGAUAUUCAGUGAAAGUUAAUCUCUUUGCCACCAACACACAAACACAAUAAAGGUACAAACAAUUAAAACAACCAACAAACAUUUCAGACACAAGAUCACAGAUCCAGUUAGCUGAAAUCUUUACUUCUAAAAUGUAAAUACUAAACUUACUGAAAUAUCUUCUUAGAUUAAAUGAAUCAAAGACAAAAAUAAAUUUUAAAAAAGUUGUUGAAA